AGGCGAUGGAGAGAGAGAAGGUCAUUGCUGCAAACAUGGCCAAAAUGCCCAAGAUGAUCUCCGACUGGAAAAAGCAGAAAAGGGAGGCAAAACAGAAGCAACGAGAGGAGAAAAUCAAGCGGGACAAACUGCUGGCCGAGGCGAGAGAGCGAUUUGGUUAUGUGCUGGACCCCCAAGCGCUGGCCAAGUUCAAAGAGAUGGUCGCCGAAAUAGAGAAAGAGGAGAAGAAAAAGAGAAAACUUCUGAAACGCAGGAAGAGGGAGGAAGAGCAGGGAACAGCGGCAGCCGAAUCCAGCCUGUAACCCUCAGAGAACAAGGACUUUUAUACAGUGCUACUGUACCAGAUUGUAAAAUUGGUUUCUUUGUAAGUUUGUCAUUGGGAUUGUCUCUCAGUUUGUUUGAUUUAAAUAAAACCAC